AUGAUGUCAAGCAUCCUGUUAAUAACAUGUUGAGCAUGGAUGGCAUAGAAAGUGAUGGCAAAGAUGUCAAUGAAUCAAGUUUUGGGAUCGAUUCACUUGUUCAUAAUCUGAUUGUCACUGAUAUUAUAUCAAGUGCUACAAAACCUGCAGUACCACAAGAACCUCAAUCAAGCUUUGUAUUUGAGACAGCUUCAAAAUCAGAGCCAACAGUACCCAAUGAAGCUCAUGAAGUGAUAGCGAAAGUGGAAAACAAAGAUUCUGAAAAUCAAUUCAUAUAUCCAGUGCCUCUUCAAAUUUUGCACCCUGCGAAUGUUAUAAAUCAGUCUAAGCUUGAAUUGGACGAUGAACUGUUACCAAAUUUGAAUAAUAUAAAGGAAAUCAUCAUACCAAAAAUCACUACCAAGGAAGAUUAGAGCACAAAGGUUGAUCAGACCACCAUAACUGAUGAUCAGACACCUUUACCAUUGUGUAGGAUCAGACGUCCAGGUCCUUUCAAUACGUCUCCUUAUCUCACACCAUUUGGAUCAUCUGCUGGUUUUGUACUUUUCUCCUUAAUCUUUGUACGUAUUAAAUAAUUUACACACAUAAAUAGAACAUUCGGCAUACAUAGUAUUAACUUAGCAGGUAGUUCAUCAAUAGAGCCUCACAUUUUUGAAUUGAAACAUCCUUUCAUUUUCGAUCUUAUCUCCAACGAUCAUUAUACAAUUUUGUGGGAUGCAUAUCGUACAUGGGUCA